AUGUCCGACGACUCCUUCAUCCACGCCUGCGCCGGCGGUGCCGGUGGCAUGAUCGCCAUGACGGCCACCUAUCCUCUUGUCGGAAUCUCGACCCGCGCUGCUGUCGAAUCCAGCAAGCACCCCGAAGAGUCCAUCGUCGCCAGCGCCGCCAAGAUCAUCAAGGCCGAGGGCGUGACUGGCCUCUAUGCCGGCCUCAACUCGAGCUUGAUCGGCAUCGGCAUCACCAACUUCGUCUACUACUUCUUCUACGAGAAGAGCCGCGACGUCAUCCUCAAGUCCAAGGCGAAGCUGGCGGCCGCCAACGCCUCGUCCGUCACUGCGACCAUUGCGCAGGGCGGCGCCCUGACCACUUGGGAGAGCAUCCUUACGGGCCUCAUUGCUGGCACGGCGACUGCGUUCAUCAGCAAUCCGAUCUGGGUCGUCAACACGCGUCAAACGGUGCGCGUCACUACCAAGGGCUCCGAAAAGGAUGUCCCCGCCCCGAGUGUUGCCGGUGCUCCCGGCAAGCCUGGCGCUAAGGUGCCCGUUAAGCGUCUCGGCUUCAUCCAGACUCUGUCCAAGAUCGUCAACGACGACGGUCUUCUGGCCCUCUGGAGGGGCAUCGGCCCGGCGCUCGUGCUGGUGAUCAACCCGAUCCUUCAGUACACGGCGUUUGAGCAACUCAAGAACUGGGUGGUCAAGUCUCGUCUGGCCCGCGCGGGCAACAAGGGGAGCGUCGCGCUGUCCGACUGGGACUUUUUCUGGCUGGGCGCGCUGAGCAAGCUGAUCGCCACGAGCAUCACCUACCCGCAGAUUGUGCUUAAGAGCCGCCAGCAGAGCAGCAGCGGCAACGCCGGCAAGAGCGCCAAUGUCUGGCAGGCGAUGAUGGACAUUGUCAAGAACGAGGGCCCUGCUGGCCUUUACCGAGGCAUCAGCAGCAAGCUGCUGCAGAGCGUCCUGACCGCCGCCAUCCUCUUUGCGAGCAAGGAGCGAGUGUUUGCAGCAACCAAGGCGGCUCUGGCACCCGUCGCUCCGGCUCACAAGGCCUAG